AUGGUUUUACUAUCUAUUUCCUUCUUGAGAUCUGCCAGAAUGAGAAAUCACACAGGGAUAACAUUGUUUAUCCUACGAGGACUGACAGAUGACCCACAGCUGCAGGUUGUGCUUUUUAUCUUUCUGUUUCUCAACUAUAUGCUCAGUAUAAUUGGAAACCUGACAAUCAUCACUCUCACCUUGGUGGAUCCCCAUUUGAAAACUCCAAUGUAUUUUUUCCUCAGAAACUUCUCCUUUUUAGAAGUCUCAUUCACAACAUCCUGCAUUCCCAGAUACAUUUAUAGCAUAUCCACUGGGGACAAUACUGUUACUUAUAAUGCCUGUGCUACACAACUAUUUUUUCUCAUCUUUCUUGGGGCAGCAGAGUUCUUUCUUCUGGCCACCAUGUCCUAUGAUCGCUAUGUGGCCAUCUGUAAACCUCUACAUUAUACAACUAUCAUGAAUAACAAAGUAUGUAACCAGCUCCUGCUGAGUUCUUGGCUGUCUGGGCUGCUGAUCAUUCUUCCACCACUUAGCCUGGGCCUCCAAUUAGAAUACUGUGACUCCAAUGUUAUUGACCAUUUUGCCUGUGAUGGAUUUCCCGUGUUAGACAUUUCAUGCACAGACACAACUUUAAUAAAGAAGAUAGGUUUGAUUGAUGCCAUAUUGACACUCAUCAUCACCUUACUCUUUGUGAUUUGGUCUUAUGCCUCCAUUGUCCGGACUAUUCUGAGAUUCCCCUCUGCCCAGCAAAGACAAAAGGCCUUUUCCACUUGUUCAUCCCACAUGAUUGUUGUUUCCAUCUCAUAUGGUAGUUGCAUCUUCAUGUAUGUCAAAUCUUCUGAAAAUGAAAUGGUAGCUUUGAACAAGGUGGUGUCAGUUCUCAUGACCUCUGUUGCACCAGUGAUGAACCCCUUUAUUUAUGCUCUGAGGAACAAACAAGUCAUACAAGCUUUUAAGGACUUUGUUAAAAGGAUUACAAUUCUCUUAAAGCAGUAA